AUGGCAUUUCUUGGGGAACCCUCAUCAGGAACGGACCUUAGGGAGACUAAAGUCCCACAACUAGUUGCUGGCCUUACGUCGACUUGGGUACUGGGGGUUAUUACUGUCGGAUUACGUGUUUUAGUUCAGAAACUCACCAAGAAUAAGUUAUGGCUGGACGACUGGCUUAUCAUCGCCUCGUUGGCUAUGGGCCUGUUUGUCGCUGAGUACAUGUACACCUUGAGCAUUGUCUUUAUCAAGUGGUCGAUACUCGCCUUCUAUUGGCGUAUCUUCAGUACCAACCCCACGACCCGGUUGCCCAUGUGGAUUUUGUACAGCAUCAUUGGCGCUUGGGGAAUCGCAGUUGUUCAUUUGGUCACUUCAUUCCAACGCUUGCCGAUAUCCGCCUUCUGGGAAAGAUUUGAUCCAGUCAAUCCCAUGCCUGCAUCUGAAUACACUUGUGGCGUCGACGUUCACACUUUCUUUAAAGCCAAUGCUAUCCCGAAUAUCGCCACUGAUGUAUUUAUCUUGCUUCUGCCCCUGCCGUACAUCUGGACACUGCACCUGUGUUGGGCACAGAAGGUGGCCGUUACCAACAUUUUCAUCGUUGGUCUCUUCGUCACGGUCGUAUCUGUCGUGCGGCUCACUUUCGUCCUUGCACUCGAUAUCGCCUCCCCUGACGUCACUUGGAAUGGAAGCGAUGAGAUGAUGUGGACCGGUAUUGAAGUUAAUGUAGCCACUGUCUUACUGACAUCCAUCCCAGCCUGCCUGCCCUCCCUAAAGCCCAUCCUCAACUUCAUGAUGCACGGCAACGUUAACCCCAAAUCACACUCGUCUGGUCCCCAAGGCCACAGCGAUAUCGUGACCAUCAGGAGCACGCCGGCAAAGGCAGAAAAGAGGUGGGGCGCUGCUGGGCUGAAUAACUCAAACCACUUUGCGUCAAGCUCGCAUAUUAAAACAUGGGGGUUUCGUAUCAUCGAUGACCUAUAUCAGUUUGCACACCUUACAGAUAACCAACUGGAGGCAAUUGAGCUGGGUAGUAUUGAAGAGAACGGAAGCGAUGCUGGAGAUACAGACUCGUAG